UUUGUUUGCCCUUUCAGAUUUUUUUAUACACUAAAGAUAAAAUCUCACCUCCCUUCCCCGAUAGAAACAAGCAUAAAGGGUUGACCUUUUGAUUUGUGAUUGGCUCAAACUUGGUCCGAAGAGGCAGAUUCCAAAUUACUAGAAUACUUAUUUGUGAAUCUCGAUCUCCGUUGCUUUAUUCUGUCAAGCUGGGAGCAAAGAACAAGAAGCUGGGAAGAGAAGGAAAAAACUAAAGAGAUGAAUCAGAACUGGAGUGCUUUUCUGAUUGGUAUAGUGGGUGCAACCAUCACCUUGUCUGCUUAUUCGCAGACUCUGGUCAAUCCCACUCAGUGUAUCACAGUCGGCCUCCUUGUUCUCAUGUUUGGUCUGCUCGUCAGAGAAGGUUUUAUAUCUUUGUAAUCUUUUUUGUGCUAUAUAUCCAUGUAAAUUUUAUAAUACCCAUGAUGUGGAUUGCCUAAAAUGUAAUCUGCCUUUUGGGUGGUGUUUUUGGGGGAUGCUGUAUGUCUUGUACUAACACUUUGUACCCUGGCCAGUUCAUGUUUUUGUUUUUUGUUGUUUUUUUUUUUUUUUUUUGAGACAUUAAGAACUUGAUUCAGAUCCAUAAGCUGAUUACUUUAGCUUAGAAACUUCAAUUGGAAUGCUAUUGGCAGUGGCGGAUUGGCUAUUCACUCGCAGGAGGUUCUGCGUAUUGACCUUCAUGAUCAUGUUUAUCUAGAUUUUUCCUGCUGAAAAAGAGAUAUUUUCCUUGUUUCAGCUAUGGCAAAACUCAGAAAUCCUUCUGCCUACAUAUGUAGCAGCAGGCCAGAAAGUAGAAACUAUGCAAUAUACCAAACAUGCCUCGUCCGACGUAGUUCAAUAGCUCGGGAGAGCUGAACGGCGAAAAAGGCCAGAGUUUUCUGCUCAGGGGCAAUCCACCAUAUGCACAACUUUCUCAAAUGUAGUUGCCGGCCAAUAAAUUCGUGCCCCAAAAAUCUUCUGAUCAAA